AUGUAGAUAACCUAUACAAUCUAUUGUCAUUUUGGAUUUAAAUGAUAACAAUUUCAAAAAGGGUUUUUAUUUGUUUCAUUCACCUCAAUACUAAAAUUGACGAUUUGAAUACUACCAGAGAAUAAUCAUGGACUUAGCACCUCAGGAGCCAACUCCUGAGAUUCAGAAUUCUUCAACAAAUGAAGUAAAAUUGGAAGAUAAAGUUCCAGAUAGUUCUGAGACCUCUGUUGUGCAAGCUAAUAAAAAUAAUAAAGGCAAAAAACGAAAAAAGCCUAAAGAUAGCACCGCACCCAGGCAACCAUUGACUGGUUAUGUUAGAUUCUUGAAUGAUCGCCGUGAAGCAGUUAGAACAGAAAAUCCCAACUCCUCAUUUGCUGAAAUAACAAAACUCUUGGCUAGUGAAUGGAGCAAUUUACCUGUGGAAAAGAAACAACAGUACUUAGAUGCUGCUGAGCAAGAUAGGGAACGAUACACUAAAGAAUACAAUGCAUAUAAGCAAACAGAGGCUUAUAAACUUUUCACAGCUCAACAAAAUGAGAAGAAAUUGAAGGAAAGUAAAGAAGAACCAAAGAUUCAACCCAGCCCAGUUAUUUCUUCUAAAGAAAACAACGAUAUAGAAUUUAAUAACUUUGAUAUUCCUAUAUUCACUGAAGAAUUUUUGGAUCACAAUAAGACUAGAGAUGCAGAAUUGCGACAGUUAAGGAAGGCUAACACUGAUCUUGAACAACAAAAUGCUGUCUUACAGAAACAUAUUGAAAAUAUGAAGUCUGCAAUCACUAAGUUAGAGAAUGAGAUGUCUCAGCAGGAAAAAAAUAAUUGUGCAUUACAAAAACAUUUGGAUCAUAUUCGAUCUACACUAACAUCUGGAUUUUCUGUUGUAAAGUUGCCAGGUAUUAAAGAAAAACCAACAGUUCAAAGCAUAGAUGCUUAUAUGACAAAUUUACAUUCAAUCUUAUUGGAGAAUAACACCAAUGAUGCAAACCUGUUACAAACUGUUCGUGAUGUUGUUGCAAGAUUAGAAUUCAGUGGAUGACAAGGUGAAAAGUCUUCCAAAAGAAGGAGGAAAACUAAAAAACAGUAUUGAAUCUAAUUUUCUCAAUGUUAUGAAUUCUUCCAACUCAAGAGAUUCAAAUUUGAUAUGUAUAUAGUUAUUUAUAUAGAGAUGAAUACUGAGUAUAAGUGUACAUUUGAUAGAUUUUAUAUUUUGGACACUUCCGAUUUCUGUAUAUUCCUUAGAAGACCAAUAAAUAUUGCAGAUUAGUUGUUUCAUACAAAAAAUUGUUUCAUCUUAGGCUUAAAGUUAUGAGGUCAUGGUAAAAAUAAACUGAAUUGAUAACAAUUUUCUUGUUGAAAGUUGAAAUAUUGUCCUAUUUAAAUGUAACAAUAUAGCUAGAAAGAUAAUUUAUUCUAGAA